AUGCCCAAAGAUGACCAUGCAAGCUCAGGCGAGAAUUCUUUCAUCAAAGCGCGCGAUGAUUUUAUAGCGUUGCUCUCGGAAUCAGAGAAGGCGAAUUUUGCCAAGUGUUCAUCCGUCGACGAACUUUUGCAAGCCAUCGAAAGCCUGCAGCACCUCGGUACGCGGAGGUCACUGGUGACACGAUGCCUCAAGAAGAUAAAGACCUUUGGCGACACCCUCACCCCCUAUUUCGGCAUCAUGGAGAUCUUCUGUGGAUCGAAUCCCGAGUUUGCCAAUCUUGCCCUGGGAGGCCUUCUUCUGGUCUUGAAGCUUGCCAGUCACUUUGUGACAUUCUUUGAGAAACUCAGCGAUGUUUUGAGUAAGAUUGCUGCCAGACUACCUCGGUACCAGGAGCUCUAUGAUGCCCUCUCCAAAGACCCAGGAAUUUGUAGUCCUUCCUUGACGGAAUCUCUCCAAAAGGUUUACUGCCAUCUGUUCGAGUUCUACGGGGCGGUAGCGCGAAUCUUUUCAAAGAAGUGCGGAAGGAUAAAACGAACGCCAGCCAUACUUGCCGAUUUGGCUUGGCAUCCAUUCGACGCCAGGUUCGAGCAGAUCAUAGAAAAGAUCACAUUUCACCAGAGAAUCGUCAAGGAAGAACUCGGGUACGCGAAGAUGGGCUCACUGGCCUCGACAGUCAGAGCAGUCGACCAACAAAGACGGAUGGAGACAGCUGCCCGGCUGGACCUGAUAGAAGACGCCUUCAACAAACAACUACAGCUCAAGCUUAACGACGCUGCCAUGCGGUGGCUGGAUCCGCCCGACAUCAAGACUUCUCUUGAACAUGCACUCGAUCAAAAAGCAGAAGGCACAACAGAAUGGCUUUUGGAAGACUCUAAAUUCCUGUCUUGGCGCAACUAUGACAGGCCUGAGCAUCAUACUGGCGUCGAGACCGGGACAGCCUCACAGUUCCUUUGGAUCAGCGGGAAGCCAGGCUCGGGCAAAACCAUUCUUUCGGCAUCGACAGCAGAAGAGCUCGGCAAGUGUUACACCACCAAUGCCGACUACCCCCCCGAGGUGUGCUACUACAUCUUCAACCAGACGGCUGGCAACAGCAACUCCCUCGCUCACGUGUUCCGGUCCAUCGCCGCCCAAAUCUUCCACCAUUUCCACAAACUCGAGAGAAUCCGAAACAUCUUCGUUCUCGCCUCGACCGGAGUUCAGUUCCAAAAAGCCGCCUCCGAAAACGAAGUGAUCGAAACAAUCACGCAAUGCCUGCCCCACUUGCCGAAUUUGCACUUCGUCAUCGAUGGGCUCGACGAGUGCAAAGACGUCUCGAAGCUCGUCGCGUGGCUUCUGAAGUGGUGCGAAACCACGCCAUUAAAAGUGAUGGUGGCCAGCCGGCCUGACGUGGCCAGUUUGCGGCGCUUGGCACCGAAAGAGAGCCGGAUUGAAAUUACGGCCUCCGUGCUGGAGCAAGACAUCAGGUGCUAUCUCGCAUCUCAAGUGGAUCAGUUGUUUCGAGAAGAUCUCUUUCCCGCCCAUGCCGAUCAGGACCACGUUGUCCAGUGUUUACUUGACCAUGCAGAGGGUAUGUUCCUCUGGGUGAGGCUCAUGGUGACUUUUCUGAGUGUGCCGAGCAUGACCAAGGCGCAGCGCCUCGAUUCUGCCGUUAGACCACCAUCGGAAGGCCUGGACCGGUUGGAGGAUAUGUAUUGCCGCAUCAGUCAGCGACUUUUAUCGCAGGACACCCACAGCAAGAACCUCGCCCAGAAUACCCUCACCUGGGCAGCGCAUUCAUCGCUCCAAUCACCCGAGCUGAGAGAGGCCAUCUGUCCUGAGGGCUGGGACAUGGACGACGGCAGUGCAACCACCCGCUUCGAUCACGCAGUCGUUCUUUCUUGCUGUGGGCUGAUAGAAAAGGGCCCGCACGGCACGUACCAGUACAUCCAUCUGACGGCUUUGGAUUUCGUCCAACGGAGCAGUCUGAUUCCUCCGCCGCCCGAGGCCAAAGCCAUUAUGGCUGGUCGGUGCAUCUCUUACCUUGCCUUCAGCCUGCCUCAGAAACCUCUGUCCGGAGAUAUUUACAAAAGCGCCGACCGGACUGAAGUACGGCGAAAGUGGCCUCUGCUCCAGGUCUCCGCCGCGAAAUGGGCGGCACUGGCAAUCGACGCCCUCAUGAUGGACGACACGACGGCUCGCAACUCAGAAGUCGUAGAGGAAAUGAUCACACUCGGUCUUCGAUAUCUAAAGAUGGGACUCGGCCUCAUGGUAUGGAUUGAGUCACUGUAUACCCUUGGUGUCGCGACUAGCCUCCUCGGAUAUCAAAGCUCGCGACAAAGAUACAGCCUUGUAGGUAAAUUCUCGGGUUCGAGCCAAAGCACAAUCUUCUUGCAGGGUUUGGAGGGCCUCAUGGAGGAUGUGAAGGUAAUGCACCGAGAAUGGGGACCAUCAUUAGAGGAGAGUCCUGCCGAGAUUUGGAGGGACGUCACGGCAUUCACAACGAGCAAGUUCCUCGUGAAGACAAAAGCAGUACACGUCGAGACGCUUGCUUCUAACUUACGUAUACCCGGGACUCAAGACCCCGAACUCUCCGUCAAGCCUACAUUCUCAACCAGCAUGACUUCACCCGACGGCUCUCUCCUUGCUAACCUCGGCAUCUUUCCCUCAAAAUACUUCAGAAUGGGCUGGAAUGAGCAUGGGGACAUACCAUGCUACACAUAUGAUGGCACCAUAUCACGUCCAGCAGGCCAGGCAUUCAGCCGAGUUGCCAGGUGUCCUCAAACGCUACAGGAGGUGCAAGAUACGUGCGUAGGCUGGAUCGCAAGAUACGAAGUGUUUUCCAUCGCCGGGGAGGCUUCUGAAAGGAUGAUCUGUACGUUGCACGACUUGGAUGCCGCCGACAUCGAGAUAUGCUUGCGUCAAGGUCUUUGGUUCUCGCCCGUGGGGGGAUGGAAAUGUCGCUUUCCGUUGACAAUCGACCCUGGGCUCCACGGCUUCACCCUCCUCAACAAGGUGUUCCUGGCCCGAAAAGAUGGCCAACGACACCGCCCAACCAGUCUUCGUAUCGACUUCAACGAGACACGACGCACCAUCUGGGGCCCGUGCCACACAUUUAGCGCCGGCUACUCGUACGAAAUCUUCUGGAGCCCAGACUCGAAAUAUCUCGGCUUUUCCGACGUCACCACUGCUGGAGAUAUCUGUCUGGCCGUGUUUGACACUUCAGAGGGGUUCGCCUCUGGUCGAGCGCCGUCUCUGGUCAAAUAUGCGUCCAUAAAGCCAUGUUCAAAUAUUAUGCUGGCUUGUUGCCAGUUUCAUCCAACGAUGCCUUUGUUGUUAUUCCUGGAAGGCCCAGACAUCAUGCUGUGGCGUUUCCAAGACGCAGGUUAG